AUGAUAGACCACAAUACCCAAGCGGCAGGUCACAGUGAUGGCGGUCUCAAAGUGACAGCGGAGAUGGAGGUCAUCCUCAACCAGCCAGAUCAUAUCGGCAUCAAAAUGGGCAGCGAGAAACUCAGGUCCAUGUUUCAGACACAAUUCGGCGAACUGGAUAUUAAUAAACUUUCACCAUUUGCAUUGGCGUGCAUGACUGGGCAAAUUCAGGUUGUCGAAACUGCAAUCAGUGGAGGGAGCGCUCCCGACAUAACAGGAACCGAAACACCGUUCAAAAUUGGGUUUCUUUCGUUUACUGUUCUCGGUGCACAACGAAUCAGAGGAGGUCCUCCAAGUUCUCUAAGGUAUCUUGAUGUCAUCAAGUAUCUCCUUCAGUGCGGUGCGCCACCAGAUCUGCCCGAUAUAUCUGGCCACACAGCCCUCCAUCAUGCCUGCACUCCUCCACUUGGGCAUUUUGAACUUGCCAGGGCACUUCUUGAGGGUGGCGCCAACCCGAAUGUUCAAAACAGAUAUGGCGAAGUGCCCCUCUUCUUCCCAUUCCAAGGACAAGACAUACCCAUCCUGGAUUUGCUGAUGGAGCACAACGCUGAUCUGGAUAUUAAGGAUGGAAAUGGUGAUUCUCCCCGUGCUUUAUGUGUGGUGUUUGGUCCUCAAGUCACGGCGGCGGUUCGCCGAUGGGAAAGAAAGCGAUCAGGAGAGAAAGCACUAUUGGAAGAGAAGGAAUGCGAGUACUGCAAGAAAAAAGGAAGCGGCUUGAAACAGUGUGGACGGUGUCACACAGUUCGUUAUUGCUCGUCUGACUGCCAGCGUAUGCAUUGGAAAACUCACAAACCGUUAUGCCAGCCAUUCUCCACAUCAACUACGGUCACGCUGAAGCCAACCUAUGGGGACUUCUCGUCCGCGAUUUCUCGUGCUGAUUUCACUCGCGAACGGCUUGGCCUCUCCAGUCGCAAGUCCAAACCGCCUAAAAACACCCCGAUAUCCUUUGAUCAGAAGUCCAUGAUAAUCAAAGUGCAAGUGCCCGUGGAUCCAUUCUCUCCGAUUGCGACAUCGAUGGGACUGGGCGGCUUGCUAAUAUAUAAUAAGAAGAAAGAUUUCAUGUGCACUAUUCAGCGGGCUGGAAACGAAAACGCAUAUGACGAGAUCGUUCGCAUGGUGAAAUCCAGGGGCGUUGGAGGGGUGAAGGCUUAUUUUGCUGCUGAACUGCGAACUCGCGAUGAGUUGGUUGUCAAGAUUUCUGAACCUUUAGCAGAGCAACCAUUUUAG